AUGGCCAAGAUUAGCACCCAAUACUCCCACCCUUCCAGGGCUCACCACCUCGCGGUAAGGACCAGAGAUCUCGAUCGCAUUGAGAACGGCCUCAGCAGGACCCACUUGCCAUGUGAGGAGACACCGUCAGAACUGCAAGAAGGCAUCACCAUGGAGACCAGAGGACUGGCUGAAUCCAAGCGAAGCUCCUUCAGCAGCCAGGGGCCUGCCAGGUUGUCACGCCUCAUCAUCUCGCUGCGCGUCUGGGCCGCCAGGCACUUACGCCACGAGGACCAGAGGCCUAACUCUUUACUGGAGCGUUUCCGUGGAGCUGAGCUCAAGGAGGUGUCCAGCCGCGAAAGCCAUGUCCAGUCCAACGCGGGCAGCCAGGGGUCGCCAGACAGAGGGAGAAGUGACUGGCCCCUGGCCAGAAGCAACACCAAUGCCUGCAACAACUCAGAGAAGGAUGACAAGGCGAAAAAGGAGAAAGAAAAAAAGGAAGAGAAAAAGGAAAACCCAAAAAAGGAGGAAAAGAAGAAGGACACCAUCGUGGUGGACCCCUCCAACAACAUGUACUAUCACUGGCUGACCAUCAUCGCCGUGCCCAUCUUCUACAACUGGUGUCUGCUCGUUUGCAGGGCCUGUUUUGAUGAGCUUCAGUCUGAGUACCUGAUGCUUUGGCUGGUCUUGGACUACUCAGCCGACUUCCUCUAUGGCUUCGAUGUGCUGGUCCGAGCCCAGACAGGCUUCCUGGAACAAGGCUUGAUGGUUACGGAUGCCAACCGGCUGUGGAAGCACUACACAAAGACCUUGCACUUCAAGCUGGACAUGUUGUCCCUGGUCCCCACGGACCUGGCUUAUUUUAAGCUGGGCAUGAACUACCCAGAACUGAGGUUCAACCGCCUACUGAAGUUGACCCGGCUCUUCAAGUUCUUUGACCGCACAGAGACGAGGACCAACUACCCCAACAUGUUCAGGAUUGGGAACUUGGUCUUGUACAUCCUCAUCAUCAUCCACUGGAAUACCUGCAUCUACUUUGCCAUUUCCAAGUUCAUUGGUUUUGGGACCGACUCCUGGGUCUACCCAAACAUCUCAAACCCAGAGUAUGGGCGCCUCUCCAGGAAGUACAUUUACAGUCUCUACUGGUCUACCUUGACCCUGACCACCAUCGGCAAGACCCCACCCCCCGGGAGAGAUGAGGAGUAUCUUUUUGUGGUCCUCGACUUCCUGGUGGGUGUCCUGAUUUUUGCCACCAUUGUGGGCAAUGUGGGCUCCAUGAUCUCGCACAUGAACGCUUCGCGGGCUGAGUUCCAGGCCAAGAGCGACUCCGUCAAGCAGUACAUGCAAUUCCGCAAGGUGACCAAGGACUUGGAGACACGGGUGAUCCGGUGGUUCGACUACCUGUGGGCCAACAAGAAGACGGUGGAUGAGAAGGAGGUGCUCAAGAGCCUCCCCGACAAGCUGAGGGCCGAGAUCGCCAUCAAUGUGCACCUGGACACUCUGAGGAAGGUCCACAUCUUCCAGGACUGUGAGGCGGGGCUGCUGGUGGAGCUGGUGCUAAAGCUGCGGCCUGCGGUGUUCAGCCCCGGGGCUUAUAUCUGCAAGAAGGGGGACAUAGGGAGGGAGAGGUAUAUCAUCAAGGAGGGCAAGCUGGCUGUGGUGGCCGAGGAUGGGAUCACCCAGUUCGUGGUCCUCAGCGAUGGGAGUUACUUUGGGGAGAUCAGCAUCUUGAACAUCAAGGGGAGCAAGUCGGGGAACCGCAGGACGGCCAACAUCAGGAGCAUCGGUUACUCGGACCUGUUCUGCCUCUCCAAGGACUAUCUGAUGGAGGCUCUCACUGAAUACCCUGAGGCCAAGAAGGCGCUGGAGGAGAAGGGGCGGCAGAUCCUGAUGAAGGACAACCUGAUCGACGAGGAACUGGCCAAGGCCGGGGCGGACCCCCAGGACAUCGAGGAGAACGUGGAGCACCUGGAGUCCUUCCUGGACACCCUGCAGACCAGGUUUGCACGGCUCCUGGCUGAGUACAGUGCCACCCAGAUGACAGUGAAACAGCGGCUCAGCCAACUGGAAAGCCAGGUAAAGAUCGGCCUCCCGCCUGACGGGGAUGCUCCACAAACAGAGGCCAAACAACAGUGA